AUGAGUACAGACAGCUUCGAGUCAAGCUUACCGAGCCAAGAGGGCCAUGUGAAAAGUAGUUUGCCUGUUGAGAAGCCAGUAUAUGCCUAUGAUCAUCAAGUUGCCCAGAAAGCAAGUGUUGGCGACACAUACAAAAAGGGGUGUCCUUUGGACCACAACCAGCAAGCCGACCUUGCAACGGCUUCGAGAACCACUACCAGGGAAUUAGGGAGCACGACACCCGAUUCGGCAAGCCUUGCGAGCUCUCCUCAUCAAAAUUUACACGAGGGCGCGUGGGAGAAAUCUCACGAGUCUACUGCUCCUCACACACUUUUGAAUAACAGUCAAAAGUGGUUUAUGGUCGCUUUGCUAACAUCGGCAGGUUUUUGGUCAUCGCUGGGCUCGCCCAUUUAUUACCCAGCUCUUAAACAACUGGAAAAGCAGUUCGACGUUGAUGAGGAACUGGUAAAUAUUACUGUCGUGGUGUAUUUGAUAUUUCAAGGCGUUGCGCCCACGGUUUGUGGAAGUUUAGCAGAUGUUUACGGCCGCAGGCCCGUAAUUCUGUUAGGGAUGCUAGUAUAUGUGUGUGCAUCGAUCGGAUUAGCGUGCUCACAGUCCUAUGGAGCUAUCGUGGUUUUGAGAUGCUUACAAAGCGCUGGAAUCUCUCCAAUCAUUGCUAUCAACUCUGGUGUAGUAGGUGAUUUCACGGUAAAGCGGGAGCGAGGAACGUUCGUCGGGGCUGUUUCAGGUUUUACGCUAAUGGGCCAGGCUUUUGGCUCUUUGAUCGGUGCCGCCUUAACAGCCGCAUACGAUUGGAGGGCCAUCUUUUGGUUCUUGGCUAUCGGAUCUGGGACAUGCAUGAUGAUUAAUGUGUUGUUGUUGCCAGAGACCAAGAGAACCCUUGUUGGAAACAUGUCGGUGAAGCCAGCAAGGCUGAUCAACAGAUCUCCUGUAUUUUUGCUCAAGCGCGUUCAGAAGCAGUUCCAUUACGAUUCUCCAGACUUUGAAACCCUGAGCCCUGAUAGACCGAGGGUGGAUUUAAUCUCCACUUUCAAGAUUUUAGCACAUCCAGAAAUCCUAAUGUCACUCUUACCCGCUGGAUUGCAAUUUGCACUAUGGACACUAACUCUCACAUCCAUUUCCUCACAACUUUCAGCGGCUCCUUACAACUACAAAUUGACCAUUAUCGGUAUUUGUUACUUGCCCUCGGGAAUCGGCGGUUUAAUAGGGUCCUUUGUGACUGGUAAAAUUAUUGAUAUCUAUUAUAAGAGGGCAGUCCAAAGAUUCGAGAACAGAAAGGAGCAUGGCAUUAUUCCUUCCGAUGCCAAAUUCAACACACUUAGAUCCCGGUUGUUCACUUCAAUUCCUCAAAACUUUUUGUCUGUUGUUGCGUUCACAAUAUUUGGAUGGAGCGUUGAAAAGGGUUGGCAUAUUUCAGUGCCAUUAAUCACGUCCGCCAUAGGAUCAUUUUGCGCCAUGAGCACUCUAUCUACGUCGAGCACACUUCUUGUGGACCUAUACCCGAGCCGAUCAUCGACGGCCUCCAGUUGUUACAACUUCAUAAGGUGUUCAUUAAGCGCCAUUUUCAUGGCUUGUUUGGCAAAGAUGAACAGAGCCUUGACAGUAGGGGGAACAUUCACACUUAUAAGCGGACUGAUAUUCGUUGGAAAUUUUAUCACCUUUAUUCCCAUGGCAUAUGGGAUGAGUUGGCGUGAAAAGAGAGCCAGCAGAGCCGAACGAAAGGCAAUGAUAAAUUAA